GAUGUCACGCCGGUUUAGCCAAACAAAUGGGUUUCGGGGCGAGCGUUGGGCUCCGCCGCCCAGCCCUGAGCUCCUGGUCCGCCUCAGUCUCGGGGAGAGAGUCAGGCCUGCCGCCGCCGCAUCGGGCUGCCGCAGCCCCGGGCCAGGGCCCGGCCGGGCAGAAGCACAGGCACUCCAGCUGUACACUUCUGAGAAAUUGAACUUACCGCUGCCUCCUCUUGUGCAGAUCUGACCAGCCAUCUCGUUGCCAUCCACCGAGAGGAACUGUUCUUCACACAGUUGUUGAAGCCAUAAGUCUGAGGACCCUUGAUGCUUCUCCACCCUCUAAUUGGCAUCUGUUAUGCACCUUAAGCCAUACUGGAAACUCCAGAAGAAAGAGCGCCCUCUUGAAAUCAGCAGGGACACACUGAGAGCACCUAUGAGCCACGGAAACUCGGACAAUGAUGCAAAGGGCAGAGCCAACUACAUGAAACCAACCGUCUUUCCUUCGGCCUCCUUUGUCAAAGCAUCAUCUAGAAAACCUUUUGGGAUCCUUUCUCCAAAUGUUCUGUGCAGUAUGAGUGGGAAGAGCCCUGUAGAGAACAGCUUGAAUGUUAAAGCCAAAAAGAAUGUGCCGUCUGCAGCAGUGCACCAGAGUGAAGAAGGACUGCCUGGGAGCUGGGCUAUUGUCAAACCUGGAAACACGAAGGAGAAAAUUGCAUUCUUUGCAGCCCACCAGUGUAGCAAUAGGAUAGGCUCUAUGAAAAUAAAAAGUUCCUGGGAUAUCGAUGGGAGAGCCACUAAAAGAAGGAAAAAAUCAGGGGAUCUUAAAAAAGCCAAGUUACAGCUCGAAAUGAUGAGGGAAAUCAACAGCCAGUGCUACCAGUCUGAGCCACUCGCGUGUGGCGUUGAGCGCUGUUCUGUGCAUUACAUGAAUGACAGUGGGGACGGUGUCUAUGCUGCGAGGCCUCUGUCAGUGAUACAGAUGGUUGCCUUCCUUGAGCAGAGAGCCACUGCUCUGCUAGCUAGCUGCUCAAAAAACUGCACAAAUUCACCUGCCAUUGUGAAGAUUUCUGGCCAGUCCCGAGGUAUGCCACCUGCACCUGAGCCCUUCUCUGCUGCAGAAACUUGUGAAGAACCCAAGGAAAGAGAAAAUCCUGAGACUGGCAGACCCCAGAGUGAGCCAGUCCGUGUCCUUGACAUGGUAGCCAGGUUGGAGUCUGAAUGCCUGAAGCACCAGGGCCAGCGGGAACCUGGGAGCUUGUCACGGAAUAACAGCUUUCGUCGAAAUGUAGGCAGGGUGUUGCUCACAAAUGGUUCUCAGGCCAGUGACAAAAAUGAAGAGGGCUCUUCAGACACACCCGACACUCAGGUGCACCCCUUGCAGCCGGUAUCUGUGAGUGAAGGACCCUCUGCAACUGACCAUCAUUCUGCAGGGGAGCAGGCCUGGGAUGGUGCUUCUCAGGGCUGUCCCUCAUUGCCAGCAGGUGUGAGCUUCCACACAGACAGCACAGAGUUAGAGCUGGGUCAGGAAACAACUGUGAAAAACUGCAGCCGGGACGAUGUAGAAAUGGCAGAGGAAUUUGAUGGAUCACCUACAGAUGCUGCCAACUGUAUACGUAGAGAGCUUGUAACACUCGCAAACCACAGUCCUGAGCAGAGACAGGAACCUCUCUGCAUCAGCAUCACUGUGUGCACAGUAGAGAAAGCCCAGCCAUCUGCUUUAGACUCCCUUGAAGAGCCUCUUCCUGGGAGGCUGUUCUUUCUGUCACCUAGACAGGACCAGCAAGAGCAUCCCCAGUUGAAUGAACACCCAACAACAGAGGCGUCAGAGGCCAGUCAGCCUCAAGAUGCUGCUGAGAGCAGCAGUGCAUGUGAGGAGAAAGAUGCCUCUGUAGAGCCACUCAUCCCAGCAGCCUCUGGGGGAGGGAGUACCGUACAGGUGCUUGAGGCAGCCAGUUGCAAGAAGCAGGUGUCUCAGGACUUCUUGGAGACCAGGUUUAAAAUCCAGCAGCUUCUGGAGCCUCAGCAGUACAUGGCAUGCCUGCCUCACCACAUCAUGGUGAAAAUCUUCAGGUUACUCCCUACCCUGAGUUUAGCAAUUCUUAAAUGUACCUGCCGCUACUUCAAGUCCAUCAUUGAAUACUACAACAUCAGGCCAGCAGAUUCUCGGUGGGUUCGAGACCCACGCUAUAGAGAAGACCCUUGCAAGCAGUGCAAGAAAAAGUAUGUGAAAGGGGAUGUGUCCCUGUGCCGGUGGCACCCCAAACCCUAUUGCCAGGCUUUGCCAUAUGGGCCUGGGUACUGGAUGUGCUGCCACCAGUCUCAGAAGGGCUUUCCUGGCUGUAAGUUAGGCCUUCAUGACAAUCACUGGUUACCUGCCUGCCAUAGCUUUAAUCGGGCAAUCCAUAAGAAAUCAAGAGGGAGUGAAACAGAAGAGGAGUACUGAAGUCCACGAGGGGCAACAGGGACUGUAACACCUGGGUCAAUCUUCAGGGGUACAACCUAGCCCGGCCUUUCUGGAUCUUUGCUCAGAUUUGACUGUAUUUAAAACGCCCCGGCAUUUUAAAUUGUUUCCCAGCUGUACAAGAAAUUAGUUCCAUGGUUUUGUUUAGUGGUGCCUCACAUUUAACCUAUCCAGCUGUGAAGAACUCUUGCCUGUUUUCCUCCAUCAAGGACAUUCAGGCAGCCUCUACAAGGGGCUCCUGAAGUGGUCCAGCACUGGCUCUGCAUUUGGAGUGAGUGAGAAGGAAAGCAAACCUUUGAGAAUUAUGCCUCAGACAGAAAACCCAGGCACCUUAGCCUACACCUUGUAUGCUUGUUCCUGUGAGAGUGGUGACGAGACGGAUAUGCCCUGUGGUGUUUACAGUGUAAAUAAUGGUUGUGUCUGCAUAGGGCUGUGGAUGUGCACAUUAAACCCGAGCGCCUUUACCUGUAGAUGAGUGCUUUGGCCCCUCUGUAAAUAACGUGAUUAAAAUUCAGUAUUGUAUAUUAUGAACAGCUGACUAAACAUAAUCACCACAGAAUAAGACAAUAUCAUAUAAUAGAUUAAAAUGUUGUGCAUCCUUUUGUCUGGUUAAAUUUUUUUUUAAAAAAAACUUCAAUAAAAAAUAAACAUUUUAAAUGAG